ACAAUACAUAACAAUAGAUGUAGCACUCUGCUACAGGAUGACUGCUUCAAAGCUGCCCACAUGUUUGCUCAUGGAACGUGGCAAGAAAGGCAAGACUGUGCUUACCUUAAGGUCCAACGUAAAUUGAACAUAACGAAGACUUUGAAUACAUUUCCGUACAUUCGUAUGUUUUCGCGUCGUCUGCAACAUUUUACAUUGCGGAACCGCUGCUGUACAACGCUUUUCGAACGGCUAGAAAAUACGCUAAGACCACAGUCAAUGUUUUAGUCUAGCUGAGUGGCGUGUGCGUGAAGACGAUGACGUCGUCGCCAAGACCAGUAGCAUCCGACUCGGAAGAUAGCAGUAACCGCUAUUCCGACCCGUUCGACGAAGAUGGAGAAGAUGGGUCCCUUGACCAGGCUAUUCAGAUUCAAGCGAUUAUGCGGAGUCCAGCAAGCUCGAUUUCUUCGGAACGGGUGGACUACAUAAACACGCUGGGAAGCUCAGGAGCUGCUCGACUUGAAAGAGAGCGCUCGGUGACAUGGGCUACAGGGUGUCUCCUCGCCGACGUUUCCAAUCGCAAUGACCUGCAACACGGCCGAGGUAUACAUUUCGGUGACGUUGCCGGUGAAAGCGUAUUGCGAGCGUAUGCGGAAGAUGAUCGUCGUAAAACAAACGAAAAGUUGGCCAUCGACGUAAUCGUCGCCCAUUUGUCCAUGCUGUGCUUUACCCAUACCUUAGUACAAGUUCUGCUUUUAUUUUUCAGGACACUAUAUAUUAGCGACGAGGUCUUAUUCCAGACUGAGUUGGGUAUUGUGUUUGCGUUUCCGGCAGUCUGUCUGCUGGCACUGUGGCUUCUAGAGAAACUGUGUGAAUAUUCAGGGGCGCGCAUUGUGCUCUUGGCAAUCUACUCGAUCGCAUUUGCCUUGUUCUUGUUUAGUUCUGGCGAUCUUGUCUUGGGCGCAGCGCCCACCAGAUGUCAUGCUGCUGUAAUGUUGUUUAUGUUAACAGUGAGCUUGUUCAUAUUUAGCAUGUUCUUCGUGAGGACGUCUUCGGUACAUCAACAGUAUUGUCGACUCGCGCUGAUCACCUUCGCUGUGAGUCUCGCCAUCGAAAAGUUAUCUGUUGUAUCCAGCUACAGGCUUGGAAUGGGAUUUAGUGUAAAUGGCCUGGAGUGUUCAGCUCGGGUGCCACCCAAUGGCACGCUCGUCCUACCCGAUCAUGCAUCAGGACGCAUCGCAGGAGAACCGCGCCGGAAACAACGGCGAUAUCGUACUACCUUCAGCGCGGAACAGCUUGAUCAGCUUGAAAAGGCGUUCGCGUUGUCUCAUUAUCCCGACGUGUUUACAAGAGAGGAGCUAGCCGCUAAAACCGACCUCACAGAAGCUAGGGUUCAGGUCUGGUUUCAGAAUCGUCGCGCAAAAUGGCGUAAACAAGAGAAAGGUGAUCAUCAGCUCGUUGCGCUGGCACCGUUCGGCGCGAUUCCUGCGUCCAUCAGGCCACUCGCCCCUUACCGGCCAUCUGUUUCAGCCCAGGCAGCAUUCGCCGCGAUGCACAACAAACGUGCAGUUCAACUUCAACAACAACAACAACAACAACAACAACAACAACAACAGCAGCAGCAGCAGCAGCAACAAACAAUGGCGCUUUCGGCAUGCAGCAAUGGAACAAUCGGAAACGGGGUGUUCCCUAUGGGACCCCAUGGACCGCCCCCAUUUGCAGCCAGCCCUUUUAUGGCGAGCGCGUUCGACUCCCCGUUCAACAGUAUGGCUGUGUCGUUUGCGGUUAACCCACUUAAUAUCUAUGCUAGCCAAGCAGCAUCAUGGCUACAAGCAGAAAUCAGUCGCGGACGAAACUCGGGCAAUGUUCAGGAGGGUAGAAACUUAGCAGACUUGGACGAUGGCGUGCGAAAAUGCCAUGAAACAAUCAUUGCAGAGAGUAGUAGCAGCAGUAAACGUGACUCGAUUAAGAACGAAUGCCGGAACGCUGAAGUUGCUGAAGAUAGUAAUCAUCGCAAUGAUGAUUUUAUGGCCAAAAUCAUCACGCGAGAAAAGGUUGAUAAGCACCUAAAAUAUAGAAAACCUCAACAAUUCUCUGACUCGCACUCUUGUUAGCCUCAACUAUUAUUAUAAUUAAGAUACAUAGUUAUCUAUUGAUAAACCGUUUGCACCUCUUAAGUAAAUGCGAAAUUAAUACCGGUGGUUAGGUCUUUAUUACAGGUUGUGAAAGCCGGGUCAAUUCUGUUUGUCCUAAUAGUGCUUAUUGGUUGAAGAAACGACGAAAGCAGAAUUCAAUAAACAUUUGUCUAUAUGAUAACGUUUGUGAUGAUAAUGGUCGUGAGAUGCAGCGCCACCAGUGAGUAAUUUGAGAGAAUAACAAAUUAAGGGUGGGCAUCCCUAAAUAAUGAUCGCGGUAAAAAAAACAGUACAAAUCAUGCAGUUUGUUUAGUUUAAUAAUAUUGGAUGGUCUUCAUUCUUGAGACAAACUUAGUUCAUUACAAGCAAAUCUACGAACUACGAGCUCGAGCGUUUAGAUGCUAUAAGGCAAAUCAAAAGGGACAGAACAUUCAGCGUUUCCAGCCGAUGACAUCUCAGCGAUAAGCAAUAACGUGUGUGAGUCAUACGUAAAGAGAAACAUAUCCAUUG